AUUUUCUUUAUCGUUCCUUGGUUUCUCCUCCAUGAAAUCAAAAUGAAACCACUCUCACUCUAAUUUCUCUCUUUCUCUCUCUAUAUACCAAUCUCAUCCAAAUGCCUUCCACCCUUCAAAGCUUCAAGCUCCUUGCCACUCGCUGCGCCACCACCACCGCCACCCAAAGCCCCACCGCGAGCCCCGUCGUCCUCCGCCGCCGCCGCCGCAAGACCCUUCGCAUGUUCCUCCACGACCCGCCGGAAACCGCCGACAAAGACAUUAGAGUCCGCUCAAAGCUCAAGGAUUUGCUCCUCUCCUCGCCGCCACCGCCGCCGAUGAUCAAGAAACGCCAAGAGCGGGAGGGGCUGCUCCCCGGUGGCGGCGGCGGCUUCGGGUUCCGAUUACGAAGCGGUUCCGGUUUCCGGCGCGGCGGCGCCGCCUCACUCCGGCAUAGACUGCUGAGAAGAGCUUGGCGACCUGUGCUCCAAUCCAUCCCUGAGUAGUCAGUCACUCACUGUUAUUAUUUACUGUUGUGAAAUUAUUAUUAGUUCUUAUGAACUUAUUACGGUUUUGUUUAUUAAUAAUUCUUAGGGUGAAAUUAAUAUAUUAUCACAUUUAUUUUAAUUUCUACUUUUGUGUAAUUAUUUUUAAUUAAUGUUGCCAUAGCUACACUGUCGGUUGUCGUUGUAAUAAUACUGUGAAAAUUGAGUGAACGGCGGUGACCUUUGCGA